AGUUGCUAUAAUGGCGGACGGCAGCGCAAGUACUGGAGAUACGUGGAUUCCAGCUUCUAGAAGACCUGAUGGCACAUGGCGGAAAGCUCGUAGAGUGAAGGAAGGUUAUGUCCCACCAGAUGAAGUGGCAAAGUACGAAAGUAAGGGCAAACAAUGGGCAAAUAGUUUUUCCAAAUUGCCGCCUGGUGCACAUGAGGAAGAAAACAAACAGCUCACGAAAAACCAGAAAAAACGGAAGAAUAAAAAAAAGGAGAGCAGUGAAAAUCAACAAUGUGAAGUCGAGGAAGUUACGGAGAAACUUCAAAGUGCUACAGUUUCUAGUACUGUGACUGCAGCAGGCACAGUAUACACGAGCAACCCAGAUGAUUUAAAAUUAAAACGUGUGAAGAACCUCAGAAAGAAAUUACGACAGAUUGAAGAAUUACAAGAGAAAAUUGACUCAGGGGAGUUGGUAAAUCCAGAAGCUACACAGCUAGAAAAGCUUUCGAGAAGGGAAGAGAUCGAAAAGGAACUUGCUGAUUUAGAGCGAGAAGCCUGACACAGUGAAUGAGCUGCUAGUAAUGUGUUGAUAACACCACAAUAAGACCAAUUUCAAACUAGAUUUUUUACUCUUUUAAUACUGUUUGGAAUAACAUUAAAAUGCUAAAUGUUUUAUUGUUUGUCCUCACAGAUUGAUUAAUUGUUGAUGGUGGUAGAGGGAUUAACGAGUUUGGAUUAAAUUGGCAGAGGUUGGAUCGGAAGAGACCUGGGUAUCCUGUGUCCUGGGUACCCAUGAUAAAAAAAUUAGAAGUGAUAAGCAUGCUUGAAUCAUAUUCAUACCUUAAAUGGUUUGAACCUAGGGGUAAAAUGUGAUGUUGUGGUCUGAUGGUCCGGGUGAGCGUAGACCUGAGAAGGACUGUUCUUGGUAUUAGUGACUGACAUUUUGGCAACCUUAGUGGAAGUCAUCAUCAGAGUCAAGUAAAUAGCUGUCGUCAGUCAAACUUUUUUAGUUAGGUUUGUUUGAACUGAUUGGCCAGUUUUUGCUGUGAUGUUAUUGGCUGAAAGACUCAAGUGAUGUAAGUCUGUUGUGAUUGGUUGUUGUGAUCUGUUAAUAAUGAUAGGUUGUUCUGUUUGGUUCAUUUGUAAUGGUAAUGUCAUGAAUGAGUCAUUUGUAUGGUGCUGGUAUAAGUUGACACCUGUUAAGGUGGGGCUGGUCUAUGUUAGUAAAUCAGCUUUCCAGAGUCAUUAAUUUUGCUGAAAGCAGUUAGUGCUGUAGGUUAAGCAUUGCACUGAGUCCCAGUCAAUGGGGUUGUAAGUUGAUGAUGUUCAGCAAUGUGUUCAAUGUACCAGUAUUCAUCAGUUA